AUGGUAUCUCGGGGGAAGCAGCAGGAGGAGGAGGCGGCCGCCGGGUGGGAGGGGGAGAAGGAGGGGGAGAUCGACUACGUGUUCAAGGUGGUGGUGGUGGGCGACUCGGCGGUGGGGAAGACGCAGCUGCUGGGGCGCUUCGCCAAGGACGAGUUCUUCCUCGACUCCAAGUCCACCAUCGGCGUCGAGUUCCAGACCCGCACCCUCACCCUCCACCGCAAGCAAGUCAAGGCCCAGAUCUGGGACACCGCCGGACAGGAGAGGUACCGGGCGGUGACGAGCGCCUACUACCGGGGCGCGCUGGGCGCCAUGGUGGUGUACGACGUGACCCGCCGCGCCACCUUCGACCACGUGACCCGCUGGGUGGAGGAGCUCCGCGCCCACGCCGACGGCUCCACCGUCGUGGCGCUCGUCGGCAACAAGGCCGACGCGGCCGCGCACCGCCGCGAGGUGCCGGCCGACGAGGCCGCGCGGUUCGCCGAGGAGCAGGGGCUCUUCUUCUCCGAGGCGUCGGCGCUGACGGGCGACAACGUGGAGCGCGCCUUCCUCGCGCUCCUCGAGGAGGUCUUCGCCGUCGUCUCCCGCCGGGCGCUGGAGCUCGACGAGGCGCGGCGGACGCGCAGCGGCGGCGUCAGCGAUGGCGGCGAGGUGCUGUCGCUGAGGGGCACCACGGUGGACCUGCACGACCCCAUCAUGGAGACCAGCGCCAUGAAGAAGACGGCCUCCUCGCAGUGCUCGUGCUCGUGA